AUGUCCACGGCGGUAUUCACCCCGAAGCAGAUCGCCCAAGCGCUCGGCGUCAGCGAGUCGUCGGUGAAGCGGUGGGUCGAUAGCGGCCGACUGCCGGCGGCGAAGACGGCGGGCGGGCAUCGCAAGGUGCCGCUACCGAGCAUCGCCAAGUUCAUCCGCGAAACGGGCCAUCAGCUCGCCGAACCCGCCGUGCUCGGCAUGGUGGCGACCUCGCGCGGGGCAGCGCUCGAGUCGGCCGUCGAUGAGCUUUUCUCGGCGAUGGUGACAGGCAACGAGCCGGCGUGUCGUGAGUUGGUGCUGUCGUUCUAUCAGCGUGGCGAGCGGAUCGAGGCGAUCGGCGAUCGGCUGAUCGGGCCGGCGUUUCGGUGCGUCGGCGAUGGCUGGGCGGCGGGCGAGGUCGCGGUGCACCAGGAGCGGCGAAGCUGCGAAGUGAUGAUGGCGACGCUGCACGAGCUGCGGCGCUGGCUGCCCCCGCCGGCGGACGACGCGCCGCUCGCGGUCGUGGCGACGCCGUCGCUGGAUUUUUCCGAAGCGCCGCCGCGGCUGGUCGAGUUGGCGCUGCUGGCCGAGGGCUGGCGGGUCGAGAUGGCGGGCAGCGGCCUGCCGCUUAGCGAGAUCGCCGACAUUGUCGACAAGCGCAAGCCGCGGCUGGCGUGCGUGAGCGUCACGCACCUGGAGAGCGACGCCGACGCGUUCGUCGCCGAACUCAACGCCAUGGCCGAUGCGGCGCCGACGAUCGACGGCCGACGCUGUCAGUACGCGGUCGGCGGCACGGCGAUCGAUGACGACGUCCGAUCACGGCUGCGCUGCGGCUUAGUCGGUUCUUCGCUGCAAGAGCUGAUCGACUUUCAGCAAUCACUCCACGCCGACCAUUAA